CUCGCUCAUUUCCAUCCCAACCCAAACCGCCUCACAAAACACACACUCACAAAAAAAACACACACAAAAACACAAUCUUUCCUCUCCAAAAUGGACGGAACCGGAGUAGUCGCCGUCUACGGCAACGGCACACUAACAGAAACCAAAAAAUCAUCAUAUUCCGUCAAAGUGGGUCUAGCCCAGAUGCUUCGUGGGGGUGUAAUAAUGGACGUAGUGAACGCCGAACAAGCCCGAAUAGCGGAAGAAGCAGGGGCUUGUGCGGUGAUGGCACUCGAACGAGUGCCAGCGGAUAUCCGAGCCCAAGGCGGAGUGGCUCGGAUGAGUGACCCUCAACUGAUAAAAGAAAUAAAACAGGCAGUGACUAUUCCUGUGAUGGCAAAGGCAAGAAUUGGUCAUUUUGUUGAAGCGCAGAUAUUGGAAGCAAUUGGGGUUGAUUAUGUUGAUGAAAGUGAGGUCUUGACAUUGGCUGAUGAUGAAAAUCAUAUUAAUAAACAUAAUUUUAGGAUCCCUUUUGUUUGUGGCUGUCGGAACCUUGGUGAGGCUUUGAGAAGGAUUCGUGAAGGUGCUGCCAUGAUUCGGACUAAAGGCGAAGCUGGAACUGGCAACAUCAUUGAGGCAGUACGUCACGUUAGAUCUGUGAUGGGGGACAUCAGGGUCCUUGCAAACAUGGAUGAUGACGAGGUGUUCACUUUUGCUAAGAAAAUUGCUGCUCCGUAUGAUUUGGUGAUGCAGACCAAACAAUUGGGGAGGCUUCCAGUGGUCCAGUUUGCCGCGGGUGGUGUUGCUACUCCAGCUGAUGCAGCCCUUAUGAUGCAACUAGGAUGUGACGGUGUGUUUGUGGGUUCAGGGGUGUUCAAGAGUGGUGAUCCAGCCCGCAGGGCCCGUGCGAUUGUCCAGGCAGUCACACAUUACACUGACCCCAAGUUGCUUGCAGAGGUGAGCUGUGGGCUGGGUGAAGCCAUGGUCGGGUUGAACCUGGACAAGAACGUGGAAAGGUAUGCUAGUCGGUCUGAGUAAGGUUCACAGCAUUUGCUCUGCUGGCCUACGUGGUUCAAACAUGUUGCUUUUUCUUUGUUUAUUGUUGAAGAAUUUAGGACUGUUGGAAAAUAACCAUAUGUUUAUAUAAACGAACAAAUGUUCUAUUCA